AUAUUAGUUUAAUUUAACAAAUUUGCAAUUUUCAAUCCAUAGACCAGAAUCUAUGCGCAAAUUGCCAGUUUUUCUUCUAAGUCUAGCUUAUAGAGCAAAGACUGGGUGUUCGCGUUUGAAUGAGAUCCUUAUGAAAUAUUCAUUGAUUGAUCUUCCAUCUUUUUUUGCUAGCUCAAGUGUAGAUGAACAAAGAGUUAAAGUUACAGAAAAAAUCAAAAUAUUUUCGCAUUUAAAAAUGAAAAACAUGUCACGGAAAUUGGUUUUGCUCAUUUUAAUAUCAAUUGUAAAUACAUCGGUACACCCAGCUGCAAAUGCCGCCCAUUUCCAAUUCGAUUGUCUUGACGUGAAUUUUACGGCUCGAUUUGUUAUCCCUGUUGAAAGAGGGGAAAAUGUCAAUACAGAAUAUUACGCAUAUGAUUUACCUCUGAAUGAUUCCAAGGUGGUAUUCGGCAGCUGUGGCUACCACAUGGACGCGAUUGUUGUCAAUUGGGUGGAUAAGAACAAAAGCGGUGGCAUGAAAUUGUCGUUUUCAUUUGAUCGUUCAAAAAAAGUUUAUAAAUUGAGCGAAAUUGCUUUCUACCUUUCGGCUGCAAUGUUGUUCCAUAAUGACAAUAGAACAUUGAACCUAUUUUAUCGUGGUGACAUUUUGAAAAGCCCAAUGGGCCGUUCAUAUUGCCCCAAAGCAAACUAUUCACUACCGUUGACAAAUGAAUAUGGAAAUCGUUCUAUGGGCAUGGGCACACUCGAACUAUUUAGCCUAUGCUUUGAAGCACAUAGCUUAUGUGAAGAUCAACUAUUUUGCGACUACAAUGCUAAAACCAUAAUCAUUGUUUCGAGCAUCAUUGGAUCCGUAGUACUUGCACCUGUUUUGAUUGGUUUAUUAUGCAUUUGUCGUUGUCUUAGACGCUGCUGCAAAGGAUACACACCAAUUUGAAUUUUUAUCAAUAUUCCAAUUUUUCAUAUUCAUUUUAACUGCAUUUAACCAUUAAGUGAAUACGAUUUAUAUCUCUAUAUCAUGCA